CAUUUGCUGCUGGCUAUAAAAAGCCCAGAAGCAGAUAUGCCGGAGGCAUCAAGGUCGGGACUCUACAGAAAAGCAGAGAUUCCAGCUGAGGGAGACAGAGAAAGAGAGCAAGAAGGGGGAAGAAAGAACAAACUAGUGCACCCACGCUUCUUGGCUGGAGCAAUGUUCUUCAUUCUGUGGGCAUUCCUCUGGGCAGGCACUAUCAUCUCUGUUCACCCUGCACCACGAGCCAUCUGGCAGUUCCGAGGGGUGAUACUAUGUACCAUUCCUGGGAGCUGGCCUCUCUUCCAGUUCAAUGAAUAUGGCUGUUACUGCAGUUUUGGAGGGUCUGGGACACCAGGGGAUGAACUCGACAGAUGCUGUCAGAACCAUGAUGAUUGUUACACUCAGGCCUGGGGUAUUUCCAAAUGUUCAAAGUUCCUUCCCAACCCAUACAGCAUGAGUUACGCCUACACCUGCUCUGAGACGAGCAUCGCCUGUCAGGGUGACAUUGAUCCCUGCCAGACACACAUCUGUGAGUGUGAUGGAGAGGCGGCUCUGUGCUUUUCGAGAGUUAAGUACAACGUGUGGCAUAAGAGCCUGGAAAGGAAGAAAUACUGUCAGUGAAGAGGACUGCGGAUGCUGCUUUAACUCCAGUACCACUAGACUGUACAUCCCUUGAGGACAGGGCCUAUGUUUUUGGGUUCUGUCAUGCUUUCCCAAGUGCUUAACACAAUGCUCUGUAAACAGUAGGUGCUCAAUAAACACCAAAGACUAUUGGUUGA